GAUUCUUGUGGUCCAGUAGUUGCAUGUUACUAUGCGUUUGCAAAAUCUGUCACAGCCCUCCUUCAGUACCUUGCCAACAGGAGCAACGCUAACGCGAACCCUGUUUGUCGCUAAUUUGUCGCAUUGGAUUGGUUAGGCGGCGGUAAUUUAGGAUCCAACUCAGCUAACACCGUCCUGCUAUUCUGCAAUACAAAGCCAGGAGAAAAUCGUCCGCCGUUACAGAUUAUAGUAUAUGUCUGCAAAGUUAUAAGCGAUUUUGACUUUUAUUCAGCCUGGUUUUGCGACGCGGCUUGAAGUCUCUUACAACGCCAGCUGGUCGCAGAGAGACAUCAAAAAGCAGGAUGUUACUUAACGUUAGACUGGCAAACGGAGCCAUUGGCAGAGCCCGUGCCAACCUUUUGCGCGGGUACAGCAAUGCAAGUCAGUUUCACUUUCAGGAUGGGAAUACUACAAACACAGCUGGAACAUGACUGCAAACAAAAUCUGUAUCCUUUGCGAUGCUACAGCAUUUUCGUGUGUAAUUUAUUGCCGCAGCUGCCUUACAUGGCAGCAUCUCUCUUGAGUGUGGGAUACCAUGGAGCAGCUAGAAGAGGAGCUUACGUGCCCAAUCUGCUGUGGUCUCUUCGAGGACCCACGGGUCUUGUUGUGCUCACACAGCUUUUGCAAGAAAUGCUUGGAGGGACUCUUGGAGGGGAACCGAGGUCCAGCUUACAGAACACCUUUCAAAUGUCCCACAUGCCGCAAAGAGUCCCCUCACAACGGCGCAAACAGCCUGCAGAUCAACUACUCUCUGCGCGGAAUAGUGGAGAAGUACAGCAAAAUAAGGGUGAUGCCUAAAAUGUCUGUUUGUAAGCAACACUGCGGUCAGCCUCUCAACAUAUUUUGCGCCACGGACUUAAAACUCAUUUGUGGGUUUUGCGCAACAACAGAUGACCACAAAGGGCAUAAAUUCUGCUCCUUGGAGGAGGCAUAUGAACGGGAGAGGGAAUCGUUUGAAGAGCUGCUUCGCGGGGUGGAGAGCUGGCAGAGCGCAGAGAUCCUGUCCUGCCUGGAGACACUACAAACCAGUAAGAAAAAGGCUCUUCAGUCGGUGACCAAGGACGCAGAAAAGGUGACAGACUAUUUCGACAAACUCAUCAGCGCCCUCGAAUGCAAAAAGAGCGAGAUCCUCUCCGAUUUUGAAACACUGAAGCUGGUGGUGAUGCAAGCGUACGACCCAGAGAUCACCAGGCUGAGCGCAGCGCUGGAGGAGCAGAGGCGGGCGCUCAGCAUCGCGGAGUCUUUCAGGAGCGUCUCCGACCGCCUGUGCUUCCUGCAGCAGAUGCAGGAGUUUCGCGAGAAGCUGAGGGUUCUAAAGGAGACCUCCCUGCCCCCGCGGAAAGAGAUGGACGUCGGUCCCCCUGUGCGCAAUUUCGACGUGAAAAAGUGGGAUUCGCUGAGGCUCAGAGAAGUGGACAAGAUCGCAGUCCCCCAUGAGAGCGGCUCCUACCGAGUGGGGGGCUCACGGAUGGCAGCGCCCAGAUGGAUCACCUUAUUCAUGAGUUUGCUACUGCCAACACUGCUCCUGCUGCUGCUGCAGCCGCACUACCUUGCAACCUACGUAACCCCGCAGAUUGAACCAUUUGUCACUACAGUUUCCUCACACCUUGACCACACUGGUGUGUACCUGCGGGAAAUGACUGACUUCUGCACGAGUUUGAUGGGUGCAGGCCAGGAAUGUGUCGUGAACUUAAUUGACUCCGCUGUCAGUUUUAUUGGCAGUUGUAAGUUGUUUUAAUUACUAGCCCGUGGCAUCUCAUGCAGUCACAACUACAAAUUUCCAAGAGACCCGUGAGAUCCACAAACUAGUGACAGACAUGCACCUGAGAAUAUGGAAACACUUGUUUACUAAUGCCUUUUUUUUGUCUUUUUUUGUCUAUGCUCCAACCUCUCCGAAGCCAUAGAAUCAAACAGAAUCAAUCUUUAAUCCACAGAGGUUGUCGCCUUCAUUUGCAUCAGACAGACGCCAAUUCAUGUCUUUCCACGAAUGUGCAAUCCACUCUUUUCACUACGAUGACAAUUUUAUACUUCUCCAAGAUGAUUUUCAUAAAUAAAACUGAGAAAUUUAA